AAUAUAGCCUUGCUGUGGCCAAAGAACCGUCUCGUAACUCAUAAGACACUAGUACAGUACGUUAUUUGGACGAGAAACAACGCAUUUUCAUAAAUGCAGUGAAAAGUUGAGAAACAAAGAACGUUGAGGUGCUACUUGAGUCUGGCCAUCUUAAUUAUCCGCCGCCCUGCCGUUGUGAUGAUUUCCCUUCAACCGGUGGUUUUGGUCUUGCUCGUUUUAUUUAUCAGUUUGAUCAAGUCAAAUGACCCAGAACAGCCAACUAGAUUUAAAAGAAUCAUUGUUGGCAAUGGCUCUGCAGCGCUGCCUCCACGGCCACUACCCAUUGGAAAUUUGUCCAGCGCUCUAGGAGAAGCAGACUGCUAUCUUGUUAACAGCCGUUUCUAUUGCAUUAGCCAAUUUCUGGCUAGUUUUAAGGAUUCUAAUCGAUACUGCCGCGAAGAAAACAUGAAACUGCUCUAUCUAGAAAACGAAGAAGAGCAUGAAUAUCUCUUCGAUUUUAUGGGCAGCAACUACCGUUCGUCGGGUAAACUGUUACAUAAAACGGACUUUGUCAGUGAAGAAGACUAUUCUGCUUAUGUUUUUGACAACAUAAGUCCAGGAAUGCUGGUGAAAUGUGUUUCAGUGUGUGGAAGCCAAAUACGGCCUUCUGUUGACGAAGGACGAGUGCUAGAUUAUGAGGACCGUGAGUAUAUAGGUUUGGCCGUAAAAGUGCAAUGGAAAACGGGCGUAGUUAGGUGGUAUCCGGCCCAGAAUCUCAUAAUGGGCGCCUUUCGUAGCCAAAAUAGCAAUAACAAUCGCCGGCCGACUGAAGGAGUGUUGACGGUGGAAGAGGAAAUAUUUGAACCGGGCGAUAAGGUACGUUUUCGUCCACCUCCCGAUAUGAUAGUGGACAAUUCAACGGCACUGCAGCAAACUCAACAAAGCGAAAUUGGAAUUAUCUCAGAUCUUGACUUUUCUGGUGGAAUUGGUUUGGUCCACUUUCCGAGCAACAGAGGAUGGCGAGGUCCUUUGGCUUCCUUGGAAAUAGUUGAUAAGAGGAAAGGACUAGGCACCUAUUGGACAUCAGGGAGAAGAUAUGGGCAACAUAAUUGGCUGUGGACAAGCAAUAAUGAACGUUUGACUUACACCAAUUGGUCUACCGAAGAAAAACAUUCGGUACAAAGAGGAAACUGCCUUCAAAUUAAAUAUCACAAAUACGGAAAGUGGUCUUCUGCUAACUGUGCUGGCCGAAAUUAUUUCAUUUGCAAGAAAAAAAUACGUUAGGUCUAUAACACGAAAAUUUACUAGUGAUGAACAAGUGAGCGUCCCUCAUUUGUGAAAUCACGUGAAAAUGAUUACGUGAAACCAGAAUUCAUAUGCAACGUUCAUUUUUGCCUUGCGCAAAAAGUCGGGCUUAAUUUUUAUUUCUCAAUAUUUGUUCAAAAAAUGGACGCCUUGGAAUUUGCUAAACAUUGCAGGUUAUGAUCAAAAAUUUACGCUGAAUGCGGGAAAAAUAUUGGUUUUCUUAUCAAGUCAGAUGAUUUCAAAAUAAAUGUGACCAACACAUUGCUGGCGCGCCAGCACUGCCGCUC